GAAAAUGGCUGCCUUCUUGCUUUGUUUGAUAAUCCAGAAAGAUAAACUGCAUAUAUCUAACACAGUUUGGAGUCUGUUUUGUGAAAUAUUGCUGCUGUGAAUGAUCCAUUCAGAGAAACGGGAAGAAUCUCCUAGAGUGAAGGAGAAGAUGGAGAUGCUUGCAGUACCUGGCCAGGAGACUGUGUUACAAGAAUUGAGCCUGUUCUGUAAAAGGGAUGUCAAUGGAGUUGGAGUGUUAUACGACCUGCUCAGAUCUCCCUGGCUGCAAGCUCUCCUAAAGGUUUAUGAAUGCCUCCAUCAAUCUAUCAGAAAAAAAACAGUCCCAGUCACACCCCAAGCACGUGCACUGUCUCGUGAGGUGGUGGAGUUGUUGCGUGGAGUCCCUCAAUCUACAGAGAUCAGAGAGCUGAGACGACUUCUGCGAAAUCCAAACUUGAAGGCCUUACUAUCAGCUCAUGAUACUGUGGCCCAGAAAGAUUUUGAACCAAUCCUUCCCCCUCUACCAGAUAACAUCCCUGAAAAUGAAGAAGCCAUGAGGAUUGUCUGCUUAGUGAAAAACAAGCAGCCCCUGGGUGCCACCAUUAAACGCCAUGAGAUAACAGGUGACAUUGUGGUUGCCAGGGUGAUCCAUGGUGGGCUAGCAGACAGAAGUGGAUUGUUGUAUGCCGGAGACAAGCUGGUAGAGGUGAAUGGAGUUCCAGUGGAAGGACUAGAGCCAGAGCAAGUUAUCCAUGUUCUGUCUCUGUCCCAGGGAACAAUUAUGUUCAAACUGAUUCCAGUUUCUGAUCGGCCAGUCAGCAACCAAACAACACUCUAUGUGCGAGCAAUGGCAGAUUACUGGCCUCUGCAGGACCCUGCCAUACCCUGUGCUGAUGCAGGCUUGCCCUUUAAAAAGGGUGAAAUCCUUCAGAUUGUUGACCAGAAUGAUGUGCUCUGGUGGCAGGCAAGGCAAGUCUCAGACCUGAGUGCGUGUGCUGGGCUGAUACCAUCAAACCAUCUUCUGAAGAGGAAGCAGCGAGAAUUCUGGUGGUCUCAGCCCUUCCAGCCCCAUGUCUGUCUCAAAUCAACAAUAUUGAGUACUGUGGAAGAAGAGGAUGACAUGCAGAUUGAUGAGAAGUGUGUGGAAACAGAUGAAGAAACAUUUGAGUCUGAGGAGCUUAAAGAAGAAGAGGAGGAAUUCAGUGGAUCUGGCCGACGGGUCUUUAUUGCUGGUUUCCGUAGAAGCAUGCGUCUGUGCCGCAGGAAAUCUCAGAACAGCCAGCAGCCCUGUUAUGCAUGGUGUCCCAGCAGCUGUUACAGCACAGCAGCAGCCCCUUAUGAGGAGGUGGUGAGAUACCAGCGACAUCCUACAGAUCGAAACCGACUGAUUGUGCUAGUGGGUCCUUCAGGGGUUGGCGUGAAUGAGCUAAGGCGGCGGCUUAUUGGAAUGAACCCUCAUCAUUUUCAAAGUGCUGUACCCCACACCACUCGUGCUCAGAAGAGCUAUGAAGAGAAUGGUCGUGAGUAUCACUAUGUAUCAAAGGAAACAUUUGAAAACAUGGUAUAUAGUCACAGAAUGCUGGAACAUGGGGAGUACAAGGGACACCUAUAUGGCACCAGUGUUGAUGCUGUGCGAACAGUUCUCGAUGAAGGGAAGAUCUGUAUAGUGGAUUUGGAACCACAGGGUAUACAAAUGGCUCGGACCCACGAACUAAAACCCUAUAUUAUAUUCAUCAAGCCACCCAGCAUGAGCUGCAUGAAACAGUCUCGGAAAAACGCCAGGAUCAUUACAGACUAUUAUGUGAACAUGAAAUUCAAGGAGGAAGACUUGCAGGAGAUGGAGGAUCGUGCUAAGAAAAUGGAAGUUCAGUUUGGUCAGUUCUUUGAUCAAGUGAUUGUAAAUGACAAUUUACAAGAGGCCUGUGUGCAGCUGCUGUCUGCAGUCCAUCAGGCACAGGAUGAGCCCCAGUGGGUCCCUGCUGCUUGGAUAUGUUCAGCCACUCAGCCAUAAUUCUGAGAAGCAGGAAGCCUCACAAAGAUUAUAUCUUAUGUUUUACCUCAAGAACAAUCCUGUCAGGAUUGUAAAAAUAUCUCUUUGUGUGGAGAGAUUUCACAGGAGGAUUAGGAAAAAAGCUAAGUAACA